UUAAAAUAUUAUAAUUAGAUAUGGUAAGUAAAUAUAUUCAGAAGUUAUUAUUUUGAUUAUUAUUUAGUAUUUACCACGAGUUAAUUCUUUCACAGAAAAGACUGGAACCUUGAAUAGUGGACGUUGUUUCUAGGGAUUUGCAAAAUACUGACGGACAACAUUUGCACCGCAGGACCUUUUUCCUCUUAAACGUGGGAUUUUUAUUUUAAAAGAAAAACAAAAAAACAGUUUUUUUUAAAUGUUAUUUAUCACCAGUAUUUAAAUUUGAUCAUUUUUUAAUUUUCUAAACCUAUUAAGUUUCCUCUCACGAGCCGCGGUUAGUCACGUGCUUAGCCCUACAAGCAGAAUAUGAAUACAAGAGAAAGCAGAAUUUUCUAGAAUAUUUCGUAUGAAACUGUGAAAAGGGCUUCACAAUGAAGAACAUGUGGCGUUAACAUGCCACUGGACUGUGAGCUGUGUGCUUUAAUUGAAAGUAAAUGUUUAAAAUGGAGCCCGAGACUAAAAAGAGAAAAGGCAUGGAGUCUGAUCCAGACUCUUCUUGGCAUGUGAUUCCUGUCCUGUCCGAUGAAAUGUCUGAGGAGGUGACACUGCUGGACGCUUACGCCGUCCCGAUCACUGAUAAACGCCAAACCUCGCGUCUGGUCAAAGACCUGUCUGUGGUCCAUCCUUUAGCGGAUCUCCAGCAUAUUAAAAGAGUGAGAGCUUGCAAGGACAAGAGCAGUCCUCAUGCGUUAGAAGUGAUCGUGUGUCUCGUCAGUGACAUCUCCAUCAGCGCACAAACUCGGCGUCCAACUUUGACCGAUCUCCUGACCUCGAAAGACUUUAACCUCAAAGGCUUGGGAGAACCUUUCCUGGUCCGAAUCCCAGCCCGAGCUCCUCUAACACGUCCGCAGUUCGAGCGAGCGAGCCUUCACUGGCCAACAUCCUUCCACGAGGACAAACAAGUCACGCUCGGUUUGACGGGACAGCUCUUCACGUCCAGCCAGCAAGCCAAAAUCCAGGAAUACAUGACGGCCGCAGUGGAGGCUGCGAGGUCCGGACGCGAGGAAGGCAUGGAUGCUGUAGGUGCUGCGAUCGUCGACCCCAAAUCAGGACGGAUCAUCACCGUGGGUCACGAUCUGACCCGAGAUCAUCCACUUCACCACGCUGUGAUGGUGUGUAUCGACCUGGUGGCCUGGGCACAAGGAGGAGGAGUGUAUCCCUACGGGAAACACCCAGCGUGCAGAUACACCGUCUCGGACCCACUGAUCUCGUCUGAGGAAAGCGCCCAGCCAUACAUCUGCACCGGGUACGAGCUCUAUGUCACCAGAGAGCCCUGUGUGAUGUGCGCCAUGGCUCUCGUCCACUCCAGGAUCAGCCGAGUUUUCUACGGAGCGAGUUCUCCGGACGGUGCUUUGGGCACCAAGUUUAAAAUCCACUGCCAGAAAGGGCUGAAUCAUCACUUUGACGUUUAUAAAGGAGUCAUGAGGCAGACCUGCGAGGAACUGACUCUACUACACUGACUCCUUUCCUCAACACUGAUUUUAAUUAAUGGAUUUUUUCUUUUUCCAUUUUAAAUUUUAUUUGGUUCUUAAUUAAAGAUAUU